AAGUUUGUCUUCAACCAUGAAUACGUGAAGAUUUCCACACCACAAAUCCAAACCCAUAGAAAAACCCCAUAAUCUUCACUCUCCCUUAACAAAAAAAACAAGCCAUGAAAUCCCAAAAUCCACACUUAAAAAUAGCAGCUCUCUCAUUGGCCAUGGUGCUAUACACCUGCUGCACAGCAGCAUCGCCGCCGCUGCACCCGGUGGUCCUAAUACCGGGCGCGGGCGGGAACCAGCUCGAAGCCCGGCUGACGUCAGCGUACAAGCCUUCAAGCCUGGUGUGCAACCGGUGGUACCCACUGGGGAAGGACCCGGACGGGUGGUUCAGGAUAUGGUUCGACCCGAGUGUGCUGCUCCGACCCUUCACCAAAUGCUUCAGUGAUAGGAUGAAAAUUUACUAUGAUGCUGAUGUUGAUGAUUACCAUAAUGCCCCUGGCGUUGAGACGAGAGUCCCCGAUUUCGGCUCUAUUGAGAGCCUUCUCUAUCUUGAUCCCAACCUCAAACACAUAACAUCAUAUAUGGAACCUCUAGUGAAAUCCUUGGAAGAAAUAGGCUAUGUUUCCGGCCAAACUCUCUUCGGCGCACCCUACGAUUUUCGCUACGGGUUGGCCGCCGAAGGCCACCCGUGCGAUGUCGCCUCUGAUUUCCUCGACGACCUCAAAACCCUAAUCGAAUCAGUAAGUGACUCAAACGGUGGGAGAUCGGUAAUCCUCGUCUCGCACAGCUUAGGCGGCCUCUUCGCCCUCCACCUCCUCGACCGGGCCCCGCCCUCUUGGCGCAAACGAGUCAAACACCUGAUUGCCCUUUCCGCCCCGUGGGGCGGAUCAGUAGAAGAAAUGCUUACUUUUGCAUCGGGGACCACACUGGGCGUGCCAUUAGUGGACCCCUUGCUAGUCAGGGAGGAGCAGAGGAGCUCCUCUAGCAACUUAUGGUUAAUGCCCUCACCCGCAGUUUUUGAUGGGGCCCGACCCAUCGUGGUCACGCCCAAUGCCUCGUACUCGAGUGCUGAUAUUGUGCGUUUCCUAAGGGAUAUCGGGUUCCCAGAAGGGGCCCGCCCUUAUGAGACGCGCAUUUUGCCUCUGGUGGAGAGGUUGCCCCCGCCAUUUGGCGUCCCCGUCACGUGUGUGGUGGGGAGUGGGGUGGAGACGGCGGAGACGUUGUUUUACGGGGAGGGCGGGUGGGACGAGCGGCCAAAGGUGGAGUAUGGCGACGGCGACGGCACGGUAAACAUGGUCAGCUUGAUGGCUCUACAGAGUGCUUGGGGUGGGGUAAAGAAUCAGUCAAUUAAGGUUAUAGAGAUUGGUGGUGUGUCUCACACAUCUAUAUUGAAAGAUGAAAUUGCACUUGAUGCAAUAAUUGGUGAAGUUUCUUCAAUCAAUUCUGAAAUUUCUUCAAUAAUUGGUGAGGUUUCUUCAAUCAAAUUCGAAUGAUUAUAGAGCAAUAAACACGUUGGCAGAAUUUUGUAUGAUAGUAGUAGUCUACAAUAUUAAUGAAUACUUUUUUAACGGUGCA